GCUGAAACAACAAUUCACCUCUGAUGAAAAUAAGGUUUCUCAUUACCACCUCCGGUGUAACAACUAUUCCGCCGAUCUCUUCUCCUUUCUCAUCUCUCAAACGUCGAUUCUCAUCACCAUAACCAACAAAACAACAUUCCAACGAAACAACGAUUCCGCGAUCACUCCAAUCUCUACGAACAUGAAGAGGAUGAGGCUUCAAUGCCAAAGCUGCAAGCACAUGUCUGAUCAUUGGAUCAAGGUGCAAGCAUUUGGAAACCGGUGGAGAUAGAAAGGGGAGGGAACAUCUUAUUUCUAUGUUGGUUUUCUCUUAAUAUUUACAAGUUAGACGUUUUGUUAUACAUAUACCAUAGAAAUUAGGUUGUUAGUACUUUAUAAAUUAGAAUAUUAUUACUAUAGAAAUUAGGUGAUUAGAAUUUUAUAAAUAAAGUGGUUAGAGACUUGAAUAUGUAUAGUGAUUUGUUAUGUAUUGGUUUUAUAUAAUCUAUUCCCCUGUUCUUACUGUUUAAUAAUGUAUUAGAGAUUUUUUUUGUAUUUUUUUUAAGAAAAUACUACCGAUUAGCCACAAAUAGAUUUGUGGCUAGUCUUCAAUAUUGGGUACAAAAAUUUUGUGGGAAAUUGUAAUAAAUUGCCACUAUUUAUACUAUAACUACAUUGUAGCUAAUUUAUUAUCGAAAUGAAUGUAACAAAUUUGAAGUAAAUUGUUACAGUUUUUGUUUGUUA